GGCUUCCGUAGCGGUGGGUGGGAGGCGGUAGCCGGUAGCGGCCCCUCCCGCUGCCGUGCCCGGAGUGAGUGGGUGGCGGGACGAGUUGCGGCGCUGCUGGGCGCCGCGCCAUGGGGCCCGGCCGCCUCUCGCCGUCCCUUCUGCCGCGCUGCUGGCGGGCGGCGGCGGCGGCUCUCGGCGCGUCCCGGUGCCGUGGCGGGCCGUUCUCCGCCCGGCCGCUGACCGCCGCCGCUCGCCUGCGGGCUCCCCAGCGGCCGCCGGGCAGGGGCGAGCCGCCGCGGGCGGGCGGCGGAGCGCGGUGGAAGGGGGUGGCGGAUGCCGGCGGGGAUGAAGAAGCAGAAGAAGAGGAUGAGGAUGAGGAUGAUGUGGAGGAGCUGCUGGGCCCCUCCCCGCUGGCCGUGGAGGCCGGCGCGCAGCGGGUGGCCGUGGUGCAGCCGGCGGUCAAGUGGGGCCCGAAGAAGUCGCCGCUGACGAGGGCUGAAUUACAGAUUGCUGAAGCUGUUGCUCUUGUAGAUACUCUUCAGAACUGGACGGUUUUAGACAAAAUAAUUCUUCCUACCAAAAAUCCUGACAAGAAGUUUAUUUUUGGCAAAGGAAACUUUGAGGUUUUGACAGAAAAGAUUAAAAAAUUGCCCCAUGUGACAGCUGUCUUCUUGAAUGUGGAAAGAAUAUCUUCACUAACAAAGAGAGAGCUAGAAGAUGCCUGGGGCGUGAAAGUCUUUGACAGAUACACAGUUGUACUUCACAUUUUUCGCUGUAAUGCCCGGACCAAAGAAGCAAAACUGCAGAUAGCAUUGGCUGAAAUUCCACUCCGCAGGUCAAAUCUAAAAAAUGAGGUGUCUCAGCUAGAUCAGCAGAGAGGUGGAUCAAGAUACAUCAUGGGCUCAGGUGAAACAUUCAUGGAGACACAGAAUCGUAUCUUGAAAGAAAGAGAACUUAAAAUUAGGAAUGCACUGGAGAAACUAAGAAGAAAAAGGUCUUUACUUAGAACUCAGCGCAGAAAAUGCGAGUUCCCGACUAUCUCAGUAAUGGGCUAUACUAAUUGUGGAAAAACUACCUUGAUCAAAGCCUUAACUGGGGAAGCAGGACUUCAACCCAGAGAUCAGCUGUUUGCCACUCUUGAUAUUACAGCCCAUGGUGGCUAUCUGCCCUCACAUAUGGCAGUUAUUUAUGUCGACACUAUUGGGUUUCUGACUGAUCUUCCACAUAAUCUGAUUGAGUCCUUUUUUGCUACAUUAGAAGAAGUGGCUUACUCAGAUCUGAUAGUUCAUGUGAGAGAUAUUACUCAUCCAGAAACCGUCCUCCAGAAAGCAACUGUUCUGUCAGUUCUGAAGAAUCUUAAUCUUCCCAGCCAUUUAUUGGACUCAAUGGUAGAAGUUCAUAACAAAGUGGAUUUGAUAGAAAGGUAUAAACCCACUGAAGAAAAUGCUUUAGCCAUUUCUGCUCUGCAUGGGCAUGGUUUAGAAAAGCUGAAAGAAGAAAUAGAGAAAAAAAUUUUGACAGCAACAGGGAAGAAGAUUCUGACAGUUAACAUCAACUUAGAGGGACCUCAGCUAAGUUGGCUUUAUAAAGAAGCAACAGUUCAGGAAGUAGAAGUCAUGCCUGAAGAUGGCACAGCCAGAGUGAAGGUGAUAAUCAGCAGUUCUGCUUUUGGCAAAUACAGAAGCCUCUUUCCUAACAGUAAGAUUUUGUUGCCAUGAAACUGCAUCCUUCUCUAGGAAAAGAAACUGAUCUCAUUAAGAGGAUGUGAAAUGAAGUUAAGGACCUGGUAUCCUGGGUGUUGAAGAGUGUGUUUCUUCCCCAGUUGAUGUUUUUGGCACACUUUAGAAAUGGACACUGUUUCAGAAAACAUCUGGAAACAAGAGCUUCGAGCUUCAUUCUGUCAGCAAGUGCAAGGACAGCACUAAAUUUUAACAUUAAAACAGUUGUUGGCUAUAAGCUGUGGAUCCUAAACACGUGGAAAUCACUGGAUGGCAUCUGAAUUAACCUUCAGGAAAGUACCAAGUUUCUUACAUAAAUGAAGAUUUUUAUGCUAUUUUUUAGAAUAGAAUAAUAAUUAAGGUCCUUGGAAAAUGAAAGUUUGGGAGCAACACAUUGUUGGCUUGUGUAUACAGAAUACAGAUAGGUUCGUGCAUUCUGCUUCAAUACAUUUUUAAGUAAAAUAACUGCCGUGUCUUACUGCACUGGAAAAAAACCCCAUAGAUUUGUAUGUUUAAAGUAAUAAAUAAAGGUAACUCUAUGGGUAAAA